AUGAAGAUCACUAACCCGCUGCGCGCCAAACAGUGGUGCGCGGCCCUAAACCCUGGCGAGAGACUCAGAGGGACGCAAAGGGCCAGAUUUCAUUAUAAAUACAGCCACCACCUCCCUCCUGUUUUUCUUCUCCAGACCAGUUCUCUACAACACAUUCUUCUCACAUUCGUUCGCUUCGUUUCACACGACAAAUACCCACUAACAUCUAUCAUAAUGGUUGCCAUCAAGAACAUCCUCGCUGCUUCUGCUAUCGUCUCCGCCGCUGUCGCUGCCCCCACUCAGCCUGAGGACCUCGACAAGCGAGACCUCCAGCUCAUUGGAAACGUCAUCGGUGAGGCUUUCAACAUUGUCAACAUCACCCUCCAGCUUGUCCAGGGCACCCUCAACCUGCUCCUGAAGCCCUCUUCUGACCGACCCACCUACUACGCCACUGUCAAGGAGUUCUUCACCAAGCUCAACUGGGCCAUUGGCCAGCUUGUCAUGGACCUGAAGAAGUCUCCCCUCACCACCCUUGUUGGCGACAUCCUCGGUGUUGUGCUCUUCUCCCCUCUUAUCACCUCCCUGAAGGCUCUUAUUGAGGCUAUUGCCACUUCUCUCCUCUCCAUUGUCGGUGACGGUGUUGUUGGCCCCGUUGGUGACCUCCUUAACGGCAUCCUCGGCGGUGUUGGCGGUCUUAUCGGCGGUCUUGGCAACGUUCCCGGUCUCCAGGGCCAGCUCUCCGAGCUCGGCUCCGCCUCCAACGUUCUUGCCCAGUCUCUCUCCUCUGUUGAGGCCACCCACCACUAA